UUGGCAGCACUGUAUGACCGGCAUAAAUUUUGUUUUUCGCAGUAAUUUUACAAAUAAUAACAAUUUAAACUUUGGACCACCUGAAAUAAGUACUGAGUUUGAGGAGAAUUUUAGGUUUGGCAUAAAAUUCAAGCAGCUGGCUUCAUUGAAAGCGUCUCCACCGAGAUUGAAUCAUGGAAAAGCGGGUCACUGUGCUGCUCCCCAAUGGUCGGCGUCAGAAUGUCAACGUUAAGCCCGACAUGACAUUGCUAGAGGUGCUGGAGACGGCGAGCGCAAAGCAUGGCUUCGACAGCGACGAGCAUUGCCUGAAAUUCCACAACAAAGAUGUUAGUCUCGCCCAGCAGUUUCGCUUUAGCGGGCUGCCCAAUAACUGUGUGCUGGAAAUGGAGCCAACGGAGAAACGGCGAACAGUGACCAAUGUUGUUGUAUGCAUUCAGUUAAAUGACGGCACCCGCGAGCAAGGCGAAUUUUUGCCUAGCAGCACGGUGUGGCAUGUUGUCCAGGAAUUAUGUAUGACGCAAUUGGAGGCCUUCGAGAGUCCUGUCAUCAUUUACAUGCGUAGCGAGGUGAUUGGUGUGCAGCAGAUGCAGAACACGACGCUUAAAUCAUUGGGCAUACUCGAGGGACGCGCCAUGAUGCGACUGAUCGACAAGAAGCCAGAGGACCUCAAAAGGCAGGCCAAUGUCUACAAGCCGGCCGAGGUGAAGCCCAAAGCAGACAACGAUGACGAUCAGCCCAGCACUUGCCGCUCGGCCAUUGGUGCGGCUGGUAGUGGCGGCGGCGGCGGUUUUGCAUUGACCAGUGACAUGGUUAAGUCAUUAAAGCGUACUGCACCCGAGGAGAGCUCUACCAAAGACGCAGCUGCUGAUGCCGAAGCGCAGACGCCUAAAGAUGAGCCUGCAAAGCCCAAAUAUGACUGGGGUAGUGGGUCUGGUUACUCAUUACAUCAUCGAAACCAGGAGGAGCAGUUCGAAGAUACGGCUGAUGAGAAUCCUGGUAAGGCACCACCGGUGGUAAAUGUGAUUGGACCGCGAAAUGCUGUACUUUUCUCACUGGACGCUGCUAACAGGAAUAACGAUGACUUGCCCGAUUCCUUUUUCGAUCUGACUGUUAACGAUCUGAAGAUGGUGCUGCGGGAUCUUAAGCGUACCGCCUCGGGCAAUGAGGAUGCACCGCUGCUUACGUCCAACCUGCGCGAACUGGAGCGCCAGAAAGCCAUGCUGGCAAAGCUGAAUCAAUACAAGGACUGCGUGCUACGCAUACAGUUUCCCAAUCGUUAUGUGUUGCAAGGAAUUUUCAAGCCACACGAACCAGUCUCCAGGGUGGAGGACUUUGUGCGUGCAUUCCUUGCAAAUCCAAGCGAACAGUUUCAUCUGUUCACCAUACCACCUAAGAAGGUGUUGCCAUCGAAUGAGACUCUGUUGGAGCUAAAUUGUGUGCCCAAUGCGAUGUUACACUUUACAUUCGUUGAGGAGAAACUGAACGCAGAGUCUAAUCGUUUUUUGCAGGAGAAAUUCAUGGAGCAGCUGACCUCCGAGGAGGGUGCCCUCUUUGCGGUCCAAAAGUAUCGUCUCGCCAAAGCCAGCGUCAGUUCUAGUUAAUAGUUAUGGAAUGUAUGGCUUUAAGCGAACAGUUAAUGUGAUUUUCAUAGAAAUUUCGCUUUAUAUGAAAGCGGCCAACGUU